UCUCUCUCUCCCUGCCUCCCUUUCCCUCUAGGAAAGUCCAUGCUGCUGUCGGCCAUCGGGAAGCGGGAGGUCCCAAUCCCCGAGCACAUUGAUAUCUACCACUUGACCCGUGAGAUGCCCCCCAGCGAGAAAACACCCCUCCAGUGCGUGAUGGAGGUCGACACCGAGAGGGCCAUGCUAGAGCGGGAAGCCGAGCGGCUGGCUCACGAGGACGCGGAAUGUGAGAAGUUGAUGGAGCUGUACGAGCGCCUCGAGGAGCUGGAUGCAGACAAGGCUGAGGCGCGAGCCUCACGGAUCCUCCACGGCCUGGGCUUCACGCCCAUCAUGCAGAGGAAGAGCUUGAAGGACUUCAGCGGCGGGUGGCGGAUGCGGGUGGCGCUCGCCAGGGCACUUUUCAUCCGUCCCUUUAUGCUGCUGCUGGACGAGCCCACGAACCACCUUGAUUUGGAUGCUUGCGUGUGGUUGGAGGAGGAGCUAAAAACGUUCAAGCGCAUCCUCGUGUUGAUCUCGCAUUCCCAGGACUUCUUGAAUGGAGUCUGCACCAACAUUAUCCACCUGCACAACCGCAAGCUCAAGUACUACACGGGCAACUACGAUCAGUAUGUCAAGACCCGUCUAGAAUUAGAGGAGAACCAGAUGAAACGGUUCCAUUGGGAGCAGGAUCAGAUUGCCCACAUGAAGAACUACAUUGCCCGCUUUGGUCAUGGCAGCGCCAAGUUAGCCCGCCAGGCUCAGAGCAAAGAGAAGACUCUCCAAAAGAUGAUGGCCUCCGGACUGACUGAACGGGUGAUCAACGAUAAGACGCUGUCUUUCUACUUCCCAUCCUGUGGAAAGAUCCCACCACCUGUUAUCAUGGUGCAGAAUGUGAGCUUCCGCUACAGCAAAGAUGGGCACUGGAUCUACAACAACCUGGAGUUCGGCAUUGACCUGGACACGCGUGUGGCUCUUGUGGGACCCAAUGGGGCAGGAAAAUCAACACUGCUCAAGCUCCUUACUGGAGAGCUGCUCCCUACUGAUGGCAUGAUCCGGAAGCACUCGCAUGUCAAGAUUGGCCGGUACCACCAGCACCUGCAAGAGCAACUGGAUCUGGACCUUUCUCCCCUUGAAUACAUGCUGAAGUGCUACCCCGAGAUCAAGGAGAAGGAGGAGAUGCGCAAGAUCAUUGGCCGCUAUGGGCUGACUGGGAAGCAGCAGGUGAGCCCCAUCCGGAAUCUCUCAGAUGGACAGAAGUGUCGUGUGUGCUUUGCGUGGCUAGCUUGGCAGAACCCCCACAUGCUCUUCUUGGAUGAGCCCACCAACCACUUGGACAUUGAAACUAUUGAUGCUCUAGCUGAUGCCAUCAACGACUUUGAAGGCGGCAUGAUGCUUGUCAGCCACGAUUUCCGUCUCAUCCAGCAGGUGGCCCAGGAGAUCUGGGUAUGUGAGAAGAGGACAAUCACCAAGUGGCCUGGCGAUAUCCUUUCUUAUAAGGAACAUCUCAAGUCCAAGCUGGUGGAUGAGGAACAUCAGCUCACCAAGAGAAUGCACAAUGUUUGAGCAGCACGGGAUGGGUCAGCCUGGUCCUUCCCCUCGGACACUGGUGCCAGCCUCCAUAAGUGAAAAACAGGCAGGCUCCUUGCUGUGUUCUGGCCUUCCCUCAGCUUCUUCCUGCCUUUGCCAUCCAAAGCCUCUCUGCCCCUACAAGCCCUACAGCAGCCCUGCCCUUGUGGGACAACAAGAGCCUGGCUUUCUGCUUCAGAUCCACAACUUCACUCCAAACUUCUAGAGCCUUGAUUUGUUUUUAAUAAUUAUUUAUUAGUGUAAUUGCAUUCCUGCCUGACAAGUAUCAGUCAAUAAAGGGGGGGGGGAAGCUUCA